AUGGUCGCCUGUACGCCCAUUGGUGCACCAGUUCACCAGUAUCCAGUCGCCGUUUCUACGUGGGGACCACGGCAUCAAUGUUACCCCCACAACGCAGACAUGCUCCUGAGUGAGAUAAGCAUUGCGAUCCUCAUUGCAUGCUUAGGAAUCGCUACCAAUGCUGGAAUACUCAUCUUCUCUAGAAUGCUGGGUGUAGGGCCCAGAAAUAAGAAAUAUUCCAUUGGUGGUUACAGCACUGAUGAAACCAAUUCAGAUCACAGGUCUAACCGAACAGGCAGUCUCGACUCGUCUGCUCAGAGGCGUGUUUCAGAAACUACAUCGCGUCUUCUGGCAUCAAAGAAGCCGAUGAUGCUCGUUCCCAACACAGACAUAUCUCUUCUUAGACUAUCAUCCCUCCUUUCAAUCAAUCGGUUGGAACAGGACACGAAUAUGACUCAGCGGUGCUCCAAACCCAGUGGUAAAAUGACUUGGCGAUCUCAGAGCCGUCGACAUAGGGUGUAUCUCCAAGGUCUACUAAUUCUUGCCUCAUCCAAUCUCCUUACUGCCUUACUUCUUCUCAUCUCCGCAGCGUACUCCAUCUACAAAACCAAUGUAGGCAUCGCAGGUAUUGUGACCACCUCGGCCCUCCUUGACACCUUUCAAGCAGUUGAAGUGGGCGCUAUCUUGUGGAUUGCGGUGAACAGAGCCCACGCCAUUCACAGCACUUCUCGUCACAGUAGCCGAAAAACAACACCGAAUGAAUGUGGACGGCCGCUUGCUCAUCCCUUUCGGGUGGCAACAGAGAAACAGACUUCAUCCUGCCUCGGAUGCUGCUGCUGUUUUUGCUACUGUAGUAGAAGGGUUCAAAAUGUGGUUACUGCAGUAGACUUGGAAAGUGCAGCGAAUGCUGUCAAUCAGCCACCAUCCAAGUGCCUUUUUGCGAUACGAUUUCAAAGAGUUUCUCGUCUCUGCCUGUGCUUUCUGCCUCUCAUCGUUAUGCUGGUGGCAUUCUGCAGCAGUAUUUGGUGCUGGAUAUACGAAGACCACAGUGAUGUGGAGGAAGGGGAAUCGGAAUUGUUUUACCACACUCUCUCUACCAGCAUUGGUGUCUUCGUUGGGCUGUUUGUCAUGCCCACUUCAUUCCUCCUCUCUACCAAUUGCCUUAUCUACAGAAAGGUUGCAAAACGACACAAACGUUUUCUUUUACGUCAAACGAGUAAUUCAAGCAAAACCACGUUCCUUAUCGAUGAGGAGGCGGCCUCAAGUCCUUCUCUCACGAAAACUGACUCAUCACGGCCACAGCUUCUCACACAAUCCAGUAUACCAACCUUCACCAUCACCGGCAGUAGUGAUCAGAACUUGAACCGCCCAUUGGACGUGCGUUUAAACCAGUUGUGGGACGUGCCCGAAACCUCUCACGAACAUCUGCCUGUGGCACAUGAAAACACUUCAGCCGACUACCUCUCCUUUCUAACUGUUAAAUCAUCUACCACAGCUCUCACUCGCACCACAUCUUCCAUUGACUGCUCCACGUCCGCUGCUUGCAGCACUGAUGGACCGAAACGCAAGCUCACUUGCCCGGAGAUAGAGCCAAAUCAGGGGAGACGUAAGAGCAUGACAGAGCUCUAUCAACCUGUGAUUUUGAUGGCACAAAAGACUCGCAAUGAUAAUGUCACAGACUCUGUCUUUGUGCGACAACUUCAGCGGCAGCAUAAGCGGACUGUGGUGGUAUUGGCCAGCAUCCUUAUCGCCUUCGUUGUGUGCCACGGACCUCGGGCAAUUUGGCUGUGUGCGAGGUGGUUUAUUGCUGAUGUGAAUGGACAACUCCUGCUCCUGGUGACGCUGUGGUCUCGAGUGUGUAUCUUCAUAGAUCCAGUACUCUAUGGUUUUUGGGGCAACAGAGCUUAUCGCAGGUGUCUGCGAAAUAUUUCCUACCACCUUGUCCCGCCCUACUGUCCACAGCACCAGUGUACUCCAAUAACCCCCUCAGGGAGAAUUCAGGAUUCAGCUAGUUUAGUCAAGAGUGGAAUCCAGCAGCAAGGUGGCUAA